AUGGAUGACGAAACAAAGACUCGAUACGAAACGAAAGCCAAAGACCUGAAAACAGACCUGAAAACAUGGGAAAACGAGUGGGCCAAGACUCAUGCUGGGAGUAAACCCGGCAGGCAAGAUAUCAAGGACAAUCCUGAUAUUGCCCAGAAAUACAAAGAAUACAACAAAGUCCGGGACAUUCUCUCUGGAAAACAACCUCCUCCCGCAAAACCAGAGCCAAAGCCGAAAAAGCGACAACCAGACCAUGUUCCUACAGAAACACCACUAAAGCGAACCAAAUAUGCCGAGACUCCAUCCAAACAACGACAUCACGAUGAAGAGCUCAUGAACACUCCCGCAAUAUCGAGAAAGCUAUUCAGUCCCGCGCCAGUAACCUCCCUCGGCCCAACACCACAGCGAGACGGCCGCGUCCUCGGCCUCUUCGACCUGCUCGUUGAAAAAGAGCUAGGCACGCCCUCAAAGAAGGACUCAUCAAAACCACCAGGCACACCAAGUCGGUCCCGUGCAAAUAUCCUUUCAACACCCAGCAAGCGAACCAGCACAUAUGACCCCGAGAGCAUAUCGAAAUUAGGCAGAACGCCAAUGUCCUCAAGCAAGAGGAACAUGUUGAAUACGUUUGCGACACCACUUAAGAAUCGGCGUGGAAGUCUAGAUGCCAAGACACCGUCAUCCGUAUCCAAGCUCCAAUUCGAUACUCCUGCGUUUCUGAAACGGCAUUCCCUCCCUGUGGUUGACGAGAAUGCCAUGUUUGCAGAUCCUGCACCACUACGACUACCACGGAAGCCACUUGUCCGGGGUCUAAGUGAGAUAGUAGCCAGUCUGAGGAAAGUGGAGGACGAUGUGCUCGACGACGAUGACGACUUAGAUGCACUCAGGGAAGCCGAGGGUGGUGGCGCGAACAUCCCCGGACCAAUGUCUCCGUCACUCGGUACUCGACAAGUGCCUGCUUCUACGGUCCCUCCCGCACCGGCACUCGUGGAGGAUAGCCAACGACCAGCACUGCUAGGUGGUUUCGAUGACGAAAACAUGUACGACAGCCCCGUCGAGGAUGGCGUUGAUCAGAGCGGUAAUCCCUUACCGGUGUACAAGAAGAAGGGGCAGAAGCGAACUACACGGAAAUCCAAUAUCAAGCCCCUCCGGAAGAAGAGGCCAGAAAAGGUCUCCCAGGACAGUGGUAGUGACGGCGAGGACAUUGUUCCAGAGACACAAGCUGCUGGUGGUCCAGACGGAGACUUUGAAGACGUCGCUUCAGGGAGCGAUUUUGAACAUGAAGAUGUUGCUAAAUCGGAAGAAAAGCCGAAGAAGAAGGAUAAGAAAGAAGGGCCGGUUAAGAAGGUGGCCAGGAAGGUUAAUGAGCUUGCGCAUGCAAAUUUCCACAGACUGAAGUUGAGGAAUAAUGGGGCAAAGGGAGGUCCCGGUUAUAAUAGUCGGUUUCGACGGCGUCGAUAA